AUGGAGCGCUUUAGAAAUCUGCUGGGCGGCGGUGGGAUCGGCCUUGGCGGCCCUGCUCAUGGAUCGGAUAACACGAACCUGAUCGACAACUCCGAAACUGUUUACAUUUCGUCAUUGGCACUUCUGAAGAUGUUGCGACAUGGUCGCGCUGGUGUGCCCAUGGAAGUCAUGGGCCUGAUGCUGGGCGAGUUCGUCGACGACUUUACAGUCAAGGUCAUGGAUGUCUUCGCAAUGCCCCAAUCUGGAACUGGCGUUAGUGUCGAGGCUGUCGAUCCCGUGUUUCAAACAAAGAUGAUGGACAUGCUGCGCCAAACAGGACGCCCUGAAUCUGUGGUAGGAUGGUAUCACUCGCAUCCUGGCUUCGGCUGCUGGCUUUCUUCUGUCGAUAUCAACACACAACAAUCAUUUGAACAGCUCAACCCGCGCGCUGUAGCUGUUGUCGUUGACCCCAUUCAGUCCGUCAAGGGCAAGGUCGUGAUUGAUGCCUUCCGACUCAUCAACCCGCAGCUCCUUAUGAUGGGGCAGGAACCACGUCAAAGCACGAGUAAUCUGGGCCACCUCAACAAGCCGUCGAUCCAAGCGCUCAUCCACGGCCUUAACAGACACUACUACUCGAUCGGCAUCAACUACCGCAAGACAGCGCUGGAAGAAAAUAUGCUGAUGAACCUGCACAAGCACGUUUGGACAGAGGCAUUAGAGAUGAGUGACUUCAAAGUCGAAGGGGAGAAGAACAAGGAUCGUCUUGAGCGCCUUGUGUCUUUGGCCGACGGCUACGAGAAGCGCGUCAAGGAAGAGACGGAGUUGACCAAGGAGCAGCUCAAGACCCGUUAUGUUGGCAAGGUCGACCCAAAGAAACAUUUGGAAGAUGUUGGUCAGGAGCUCAUUGAAGAUAAUAUUGUUUCAGUAUCGAGACAAAUGAUUGACAAGGAGGCCACGAUGCCCAAGAAAGAGGGCGAGGCUGGAGGUCGGUGCGCCGCAGAAGCCAACAAAAUGGACACUGAUGAUGAUGAUGAUGAGGAGGAGGAGGAAGAAGAAGAAUUAUAA